AAACCACCCGCAAAGUGUUAGGCUAAGAUCAAUAAUGAAAGAAAUCACUGGAGCAUUGGAAAAAGAAUUGAGAACUAAGCAGGUUUGCAGUGAAAUGGAAUAUGUCUCGCCUGAGUGUGCAAAUGGGGAUCAGAGUGGGCAUGAUACAAUUUUAACACUUAAUGAGGGUGUAGAGGGAAAGGUGAAGACUAGAAGGCACAAGGGUCGAGAAAAAGCGACGCAAGCCAAAGCUUCUCAUUUAGAUGGAUUGAAUUGGGAGGUUUUGGUGGUGGAUAAGCCUGUUGUCAAUGCUUUCUGCUUGCCUAGUGGCAAGAUUGUUGUUUUUACAGGGUUGCUCGAGCAUUUUAAAAGUGAUGACGAAUUAGCCACCAUAAUCGGGCAUGAGGUUGCGCACGCUGUGGCUCGACAUUCAGCGGAAACACUUACAAAAAAUAUUUGGAUUGCCAUCGUACAACUGAUAAUUCAUCAGUUUAUCAGCGACCUCAGCAUUGACACUUCCAACACCAUUUCAAAGUUUCUUUUGAAACUUCCUUUCUCCAGAAAGAUGGAAAUGGAAGCUGAUUACAUCGGAUUGUUAUUGAUUGCUGCUGCUGGCUUUGAUCCAAGAGUUGCACCUACCGUGUAUAAGAAGUUAGGAAAGCUCUCGGGAAAUAAGACGUCAAAGCUUGAGGAUUACCUUUCCACACAUCCAUCUGGAAAGAAACGAGCUGAAUCGCUGGCCAAAGCCAAGGUCAUGGGCGACGCAAUCAGGAUCUUCAAAGAAAUAAGAGCAGGACGAGGGGAUGAAGGCUUUUAAGGCUUUCGAAAUUACUCAUGCCCAUGAGCGCCUCAAAGCAGGACCUGUUUUUCAAUUUUAAUAUCUCCCCCGUUUAUAACAAUUGCGACCACUGUUUUUCAGUCCAAUGUGUAGUUCUGGCAUCAAAAAGUACCCUUAAUGAGUCAUUAUGUGGGAGAAAUUCUUUAAAAGUUAUUUUAAAAAAUUUAUAGUCUGAAC